AUGAAGGAGAUCACCGUGGUAGCACUGCUCGGCCUGGCGGCACUCGCCGCAGGCAUGGUCAUGGCACCGGAGGAGAAGGUAACCUACGCCGACAAAGACUUUCUGGUGAAGCAGAAGCAAAUGCUCGAAGUGUUCCAGCACGUGCAUCAGCACGAGGUGCACAACGAGCUGUGGCAGGUUUCGAAGGAGUACGACAUCGAGCAGCACUACGACCAGUACGGUAAUGUGGAAGCCGUGAAGGAGUUUGUGGCGCUGUACAAGCACGGACUGCUGCCGUUCGACGAGAUCUUCAGCGUGUUUGAUGAUCACCACCGCGAGCAGGCUGUCGCGCUGUUCCACGUGUUUUACUACGCCAAGGAUUGGGACACGUUCUACAAGUCGGUUGUGUGGGCUCGCUUCCACGUGAACGAGGGCAUGUUCGUGUACGCCGUGACCGUGGCCGUACUGCACCGUAAGGAUCUGGCUGGACUCGAGCUGCCGGCACCGUACGAGAUCUACCCGUAUUACUUCUUCAACACUGAGGUCGUGCAGAAGGCGGCCCAGUACAAGAUGCAAGGAUUCAGUGGCGUGAAAAAGGUGGACGGCGUGUACAACGUCGUCAUCCCGACGAACUACACCGGCUGGUACGUGCACACGAACGUCGACCAGAAGGUGUCGUACUUCACGGAAGACAUCGGUCUAAACACGUACUACUACUACUUCCACGCGGACUAUCCCUUCUGGAUGGGCGGUCAGCAGUACGGGCUGUACAAGGACCGUCGAGGUGAGUUGUACCUGUUCAAACACCAGCAGCUGCUGGCUCGCUACUACCUCGAGCGGUUGUCGAACGAUCUUGGAACGAUCCCCGAAUUCUCGUGGUUCAAACCGAUCGAGACCGGAUACUACCCGAACAUGCACUACUAUAACGGUGUGAGCUUCCCGUCGCGUGACAACCACUACGAGGUGUACACGCCCGAACACUACCAGGACAUCGACGAAGUCAUCGAGUACGAACAUCGCAUCCGCGAGGCGAUCGAUCUGGGCUACAUCGUGUUACCGGAUGGACGCCACGUUGAUCUCACCAAACCCGACUCCGUGGAGUACCUCGGCAACCUCAUCCAGGCCAAUCCAGAUAGUGUGAAUGCGCGGUUCUACAAGUACGUCGGAUGGUUCGCACGCAUCCUUCUCGGUGGCUCGAUUGAGCACUUCGAAAAUCACAAGGUACUGCCGGGCGUGCUCGAGCACUACGAGACGUCGCUACGCGAUCCCAUGUUCUACCAGCUGUACAAGCGCAUCAUUCAGUGGUACUGGGAGUUCAAGGAUCACCUCAAACCGUACACCAAAGAAGAGCUGACCUACAGUGACAUCACGAUCGAAUCGGUCGAGGUGGACAAACUGGUAACGUACUUCGAUCGCUCGGACGCAGACAUCACGAACGCCGUCGACGUGGAGGUGUUCGAUGAGGCCACAAUGAAGGCCGGUGACAUGAAGAAAUUCGGCAAGAUCGCACACUACCAGGGUGAGGACUUCGUUAUCAAGGCACGCCAGUGGCGCCUAAACCACAUGCCGUUCACUGUACAGUACCACAUCAAUUCGGAGAAGGACGUUCAGGGUAUAGUGCGCAUGUACAUCGGUCCUAAGUACGACCAGUACGGUCACACGUACGGCGUGAACGAGAACCGCGAGAACUUCGUGCUGCUGGACACUUUCGAGUGGGAAUUUAAUGUCGGUCCAAACAUAAUCGUGCGCGAAUCGACGCAGUUCCCGUUGUACGUGCAGGAUCGUACACCCUACUUCGAGCUGUACAAGUGGGUUAUGGACGCGUACAACGGUGAGCGCCAGUUCCCGCUUGACAUGACCGAAGCGCACUGUGGCUUCCCGUCGCGGUUGAUGCUGCCCAAGGGCAAAAAGGGUGGUAUGCCGUUCCAGCUGUUCUUCAUCGUGUCACCUUAUCACGCUCCGGCUGUACCACAGCAUGAAGGAUACGACUACACGCUGAACUGUGGCGUUGGUUCCGGUGCCCGGUACAUCGACUCACUGCCGUUGGGAUAUCCGUUCGAUCGGCACAUCGACGAGAAGGUUUGGUUUACGCCGAACAUGUACUACCUCGACACGAUGAUCUUCCACAAGAAGGAGGCCGAUAUCAACACCGUCCAUUAGGGCGGCUUUUGCUUCUGUUGGUUUGCUUACAAAUACACAAAUAAAAUCGAUC